CUUUCUUCCCACCAAUAACACUUGACUUCUCGAAGACUUCCUUCCUUACUAUUGCAUGUUCUUUAGGCCAAACUCUGUCUUUUCUUUUUCUUCCUCUUCCUUUUUCUCUGCUCUCAAACCUCACAAAAAUAAUUUACUCCCACAAGAGAUGUCUUCUCUUUGGUUUCUUAAACUCAUUGUCAGAUGCCUUGAUCAUUGUGCAUGGCCUCUUCUUGCUCUGGGGUACCCUUUAUGUGCUUCUGUACAAGCAAUUGAGACCGAAUCCUAUAAAGCAACUAAGGAUUUGAUAUCGUAUUGGAUACUCCUCUCGCUAAUAUACCUAUUUGAGUAUGCAUUUUUUAGGCUUCUUCAAUGGUACCAGUUCUGGCCUUACACUAAGCUAAUGAUCAUCUUCUGGCUCAUUGUGCCAGACUUUGGACGGGCUUCUUAUGCCUACAAUAAUAUUAUUCGAACAUGCAUCUCAAAUCCACAAGCAAGCAUACGUAGUUUAAAUAACUGGAGGAAGAAUUUUGUCAAGAAAGAUAAAGAUAACUUUUUACUGCAUGCAGAUAGAUAUUUAGAAGAGAAUGGAACAGAAGCCUUAAUGAAACUCAUUGCUAGCAAGAACACGACUAACAAACCUGAUGCACAAGCAACAAUUGCAAGUAGAGUUACUGACCAUGAAGAGAUGCAACAGACAAAUGUGAAAAAUCUUCAAACAGAGCCCAAAGCCACCAAAGAUUCGGAGGUGAUUGAGAAAAAGGAAAUUCCUACAGGCAAUCAAAAUAUUCCUGUGGUGCCUAAACUUGUGCAAAGUGAGAAUGCUUCAGCAACCAUGUUGGAAACUAAUGGAAUAGUGGUGAAAGAGAAGGGUGUUGAAGAGCUUCCUCAGAUUUUUACACAUAAGGAAGUUCAGAAGGAGUGGACUUGCGCUUUAUGCCAUGUAACAACAACGAGCGAGAAAACCUUGAAUUCACACCUGCAAGGUAGCAAACAUAGGCAGAUGGAGAUUGCUAUGAAGGCAAAGAAUCAAUCUGUUUCACAGAAGCUGAAAAGUGAUCACUCCAAAGAGGAAUUAAAACAGAAGAACAUUUAUCAGCCAAAAUUCAAGACCAAGAAUAGAGAGAAACCUACUUGGACGAAUAAUUCAGAAAUAAGAUGUGAAAUCUGUAAUGUGAAAUGCCCUUGCGAGAUUACCUUGGCCUCUCAUAGAAAAGGGAAGAAGCAUUUGGCUAAGUUAAAAGUUUAAUCUGAAGUGUCUGAAUAACGGAUAAACAAGUUUCUUUAGUUCAGGGGCAACAAACAUUGAGAGUCAUAAUGGUUGAACUUUGAGAGGAAGUCUAGAGACUGCAUAAUUAGUGUCUACUGUACAUUAUGGUUAUUAUUCCACCUAGUCGGAGACUUUGUUUAGAAUUUUGUUGUCAACUUCAGAACAUUCCACACAUACUUUUAGCUGUUUUUCUUUAACAUUUUAUCUACUUAACA